AUGGCUAGUAUAUUUAUACAACUUCUAGCUGAAUCUGUACAAGCCAUUGUUCGUAUGUCACAAAAUAAUCAAGAGGCACCAAACGUUAGUGAUUUAGCAUUGGGAAUAAUUGGCAUCCGUAAUUGGGAGUUUUAUCGACGACAAGCUGAACAUAUUCGUGAAUUGGAGAAGAUCGCAUCUAUUACGGAGGCAGAAACCUCCGAUGUAGAAGUAACCUCCAAUCAUCAUUCUAUUAGGCAGCAAACGCGAAUUAAUGCAACGGUUAUCAGUGUUGUAUUUUGUGCUAACGUGGUACAUUUAUUGGGUAAAGCUGUAGCAUCUGCAUUAUCAGGUUCAUCAGCAAUCAUAUCAUCUUUGUUAGAUAGUUGCGUCGAUUUGACUUCCGGUGGUAUCAUGUGGUUUGCUGCUCGUCAAAUGCGUAAAAGGAAGCCAUACAAAUACCCAGAAGAGAGAACACGACUUGAACCAUUAGCAGCGAUUGUACUCUCUAUAUUUAUGGCUAGUAUAUUUAUACAACUUCUAGCUGAAUCUGUACAAGCCAUUGUUCGUAUGUCACAAAAUAAUCAAGAGGCACCAAACGUUAGUGAUUUAGCAUUGGGAAUAAUUGGCAUCCGUAAUUGGUAA